AUGCAGGCGUGCUACUAUACCCAGCUACCAUCCUGCUUACUACCAGACGAGCAAUUCAUCUCUGUUGAUUCAUCAGAUGUCCAACGACUGGGGCAUGAGGUACAUAAUCAACAAAACCUGGAUUAUGCUCUGAAGCUGAACAGACAGCUCCAUGUGACCCUCCGACAAAAGCAGGAGGAGAUCUCAGCCUUGAGGGAGAAGAAUGCCCAGUUAAAGGAGUUAGCCAGACAGACUCAACAUUAUGCCUCCAUACUAGAGGCCCUGACACCCUCUGCUGAAGAAUGUUCCACGUUGUCUCACUCUCAGUCUGUGGAUCAGGCGCUAUCACACCCAGCUCACAGAGAGCAAACAGAUUUGCAGUCCAGUGCACCAAAACCCUGUGAGAAAACAGACUGGCUCUCACUGGUGCUGUCUCACACAGAACAAUCUGACGGGUUAUAUACUGAUCCCAGUGACCACCCAGGCACCAAGACACCACAUACAAACAACUCAGUUAAAAGGCUGUUUCAGGGGGUAAUCUCUGAUAGCAGUGACACCAGUGAUGGUGGAGGAGAUGGAGAAAAAAUAAGUAUGAGUCCUAAGAGAGACACAAAGAGGCCCAAGCUGGACCCUGAACUCUUUCAACUGGACCUAGAGCAGCUUAACCAGAUAACAGAGCAAGCCGAGCGGGAUCCAGUACAGUCAGACUGUAAUGCUCUUGUGAACCAGCAGGACCAGAAUGGUGCGCAUUCAUCCACAGGCCAAAGCACAGUGAACGUAAACCUGUGUGGAUCACUCCAUGGGCUAAAUGUGGUAACAGCCACUUCACCCAUCAACAGCGGGUACACGGAAUGCACUGGUUCAGGAACAGGCAUGUGCUUUAAGACAUCAAUUAGAGAUCACAGUACUGUAAGGACCCAGGUAUUCCCAAACGGGAGAACGUUCACCUCCCACACACCAAAUGGUGGCUGUAGAUUCCUCUGGAUCCCCACACAGAACUAA